GCAGUCCGUCAAAUAAACGGUAGUCCGUACAUAUAAAGAUGCUUUCGACAAAAAAUGAAAACGUGACAGUUUGUCACUUUCACGAGGUUUGGUUAAUAACAUGUUCAACUACUUAAUAGAUUGUCUCGAAUCUAGGUUGUGCUUUUUAGAUUUCAAGAAAAUUAACAACUACUGGAGAAGUUUUCAAUUCUCUCAGUUGUUUCUCAAAGCCCAAACCCCGGCCUGGUCUGUUUGGUCUGUUCGUCAAGCGUUCCCGGAAGUCUCGCCGUGUUGCGCCUCUGGGUUACGGGUUUAGAAACGGUGUGGACAGACGGUAGCUAGCCUACAGUAGAUGGACGAAUUUAGCUACAAUGGGUAUUCUGUCUUCUAGUGUGCCAGCUAGGUGUUGCUGACCUCCUCUCUCCAGCAGCGCCAUGCGAGGGUAUCACUCCAAGCUGGACUCCUCUGCUGGUGGUACGGGCGGCUCCAUGCCCCUGAGCCUGGCUGUGGAAACAGAGAAAGCCCAGGCCCUGCUCCAGACCUUCUCCUCUGCCUCCCUGCUGGCCAGCACUGCCCUGGGGGCCUUCUGUGUGCUGGCUGAUCAUGUCCUGCAGCUGACCCUUCUCCAACAGCACCCGUGGCUGCGGGCAGCGCUGGACAACACCGUCCAUGGUCUGAUAGGCCUCUGGUCCUGGGCGAUUGUCAUUGGCCUCAGGAAGAAGAGUGACUUCUAUGAAGUGAUCCUAGCAGGGAUACUGGCCUCUGUUAUCGACCUGGAUCACUUCUAUAUGGCGGGCUCUCUGUCACUCAAAGCAGCCACCAGCCUGCCCCACCGCCCCCCCCUCCACUGCUCCUCUGUAGUCCCUGUCCUCUGCCUCUCUCUGAGGCUGGUGCUGUGGCUGGGCAGGCUAAAGGACUCAUGGUGCUCUCUACCCUGGCUGCUCUUUAUCUCCCUGGCCUCACAUCACAUCAGAGACGGGGUCCGCCGUGGCCUGUGGGUGUGUCCGUUCGGCAACACGGCCCCCAUCUCCUAUUGGCUGUAUGUGAGCAUCACAGCCACCCUGCCACACCUGUGCUCUGUACUCAUGUACCUGACAGGAACUAGAGACAUGAUGUCCACCAAGCACGGCAUCGCCAUCGACAUCUGAUGGACGGGAAGGGCAUCGCCAUCUGAUGGACGGGAAGGGCAUCGCCAUCUGAUGGACGGGAAGGGCAUCGCCAUCUGAUGGACGGGAGGGGCAUCGCCAUCUGAUGGACGGGAGGGGCAUCGCCAUCUGAUGGACGGGAGGGGCAUCGCCAUCUGAUGGACGGGAAGGGCAUCGCCAUCUGAUGGACGGGAAGGGCAUCGCCAUCUGAUGGACGGGAGGGGCAUCGCCAUCUGAUGGACGGGAAGGGCCAACAAUAUGACUGUGUCCCAAAUGGCACCCUAUUCCCUAUAUAGUGCACUACUUUAGACCAGAGAAUGGCACCCUAUUCCCUAU